AUGAUAGAUUUACUCUGCAAUGAAGUCAAGCAUGUGAAUGCCAUUAUAGAACUUUCUAAUGAUGACUGGAUGAAAGCCCCAACAGCUCAGCUGCAUCCUUUGGUGCUAGGCAACAACCCUCUCUGCAUCUCAGCCAGCCACAGACACACUGGCUGUCUGCGACAUCUCCUGCUCUAUGGCCCCAGGAGGAUGGAGUGCCUUCAUGAAGCUUGUGACAUGGGACCCACAAACUGCACCAAGCUGUUGCUGGAUUAUAAGGCCAAUCCAAACCUUCUGUCUGAUGAGAAUCAAGCACCUUUGCACUUGUGCACCAGCCAGAACACACUUGGUGUGCCAAAGCUUUGGUCAGAUUUUGUGCCCCCGGUGAAUCUUCCAAGCACAGAGCUCCAAGAAACAUCCCUUCACAUAGCAGCUAAGCAUGACUUUUAUGAUCACAUGCAUCUGUAUUUGAGCCAUGGCACUAUUGUGGAUAAAAAAAACAGCAUGCAAGAGACAGCACUCAAUGUAGCUUGCAGAAAAGCAAACAAAGCAAACAACCAAGACAGCUGCUUGCAAGUUUGCAAGCUGCUGCUUGGAUAUGGAGCAGAUGCAAAGACUGUAGAUGAAGAACUGAAGACUCCUCUGCACAAGGCUUGCAGGAACACUCACCGGGGCUUGGUCCUGCUCCUUCUGCAGAGGGAAGCUGAUGUCAAUGCAGUAGAUUACAAUGGGGCAUAUCCAAUGUCCUACCUACAGACUGUGUUUUCUCACAAAGAGCUGAAGCCACAUCUCACAGUGCAAACCUCUAACCAUGGCUCUCAAAAAAUAUGACCAACAGAGUUUGUCAAGGUGCUGAAAUCUUGUGCCCCAGUGCCUGAAAUGCUUUACAAUUCCUACCCUCAUCUGCCUAUCUCAAAAAAUUAGGUGAACGUUAUUCCAAAGGAAGAUUUUCAGUGGCAUCUACUUUUCUGUGAGUCUUUCCUAAAUCAGAGGUACAAAGUCCAGAGUCUGCAACAUCUGUCCCUGGGCCAUCAGUUCAGCAGUCAGUGCCAAUCCUUCAUCCCUUUACUGCCAGUCCCCAAAGUGCUUCAGAGCCACCUGCUGCUGGAAGCUAAUGGAGUGCUCUUGUGA